ACAAAUAACACCAAAAACAAAAACAAAAAAUCAAUUUGUACAGAUAUCGAAUGUUGAUCAAUACUUUUCAUCUAAAGUUUCAAUCAAACAAAACAAUUUUGUGCUUGCCAUCCUCAUAAAAACCACAAUGGAAAACUGAUUCGCUUUUUCCUUCAAAUUUCCUUUCAUUUUAUAAUUAAUGUAUCAAACAUAAAACGAAAGAAAACAUCUUAUAUCCUGAAAAAAGUGGAAAAUUGAAAAUUUCAUUCAACUCUACUCAUACAUACGAUAUAUACGUCAUAGAAAUAUCAUCAAAUAAUUUUUCCGAAACAUUUCUCAAAGCAAUAAUUUUAUACGAAUUAUUUAUUAUUUAUUCAUGAAUGAUCCAUUCAUUUCAAUUCUUAAAAUUCAACUAAACUAAUAUAAUGGUGAAAUUCCAUUGAACAAUGUUGUUUAUUGUGUAAUAGCAUUUGUCAUUACAUCAAUUGGAAAAAAAGCUCAAACAAUGUCUUUAAUAAUUCAAAUAUAUUCACAAUGAUUUUCAUCAUUUACAAUAUUGGGUGCAAUUCAGCUGUUUAAUCAAAACAAAAACAAAAACAAAAUCAUUUCGAAAAUGACUAGCUCGUUACAUCAACGUACGAUGGCUAGCCAUCAAGUACGAAAGAAAAUUACCAUCUCAUAUGUUAUACGUUCCGAACAGGAACGUUAUCAUCGAUCCGGCAUAAAUUCCCUACAGUAUGAUCCACAUCUAGGACGAUUAUAUUCAGCUGGAAGAGAUUCGAUAAUUCGUAUAUGGAAUGUUUAUAAUCCAAAAACUAAAUCAUUAAUGCAACCCGGUGGCCAUAUUCAACAAUCGAUAAAUUCUCGAUCAUCAUCUAAUGUUAGUGGAAAUGUUGCUAUGAAUUAUUCAUCAUCAUCGUCGUCAUCAAUAUCACACGCUCAUCAUCACCAUCAAGAUGAUUAUUAUUUCUGCUCAAUGGAACACCAUACCGAUUGGAUUAAUGAUAUUGUUCUAUGCUGUGAUGGCAGAAAUCUGAUUUCCGCAUCUUCUGAUACCACCGUCAAAGUUUGGAAUGCUCACAAAGGUAUCUGUAUGUCCACGUUACGUACACAUCGUGAUUAUGUCAAAGCAUUAGCUUAUGCUAAAGAUAAAGAACUGGUUGCAUCGGCCGGUCUUGAUAAAGCAAUCUAUCUUUGGGAUGUUAAUACUUUGACUCAGCUAACUACAUCGAACAAUACAGUGACGACAACAUCUUUCACUGGAAAUCGUGAUUCUAUCUAUUCAUUAGCGUUGAAUCCAGCCGGUACCAUAAUUGUUUCCGGUUCAACAGAAAAUGUUCUACGUGUAUGGGAUACACGAACAUCAAACAAAAUAAUGAAAUUACGUGGUCAUACGGAUAAUGUGCGGUCAUUGGUUAUUAGUCGCGACGGUACACAGUGCCUGUCAGCCAGUUCUGAUGGAUCUAUUCGACUAUGGUCAUUAGGCCAACAAUGUUGUGUGGCAACUAUUCUGGUCCAUGAUGAAGGUGUUUGGACGUUACAAGCCAACGAAACAUUCAACACUGUCUAUUCUGGUGGAAAAGAUCGUCGAGUAAUGAUGACUGAUCUUCGUCAACCUCAAAUUCGAACUGUGAUAUGUGAAGCGAAUGCUUCCAUCCUUAAACUGUUGCUGACACCUCCAGAUCCUCGUUAUAUUUGGGUGGCUACCACCGACUCCUGUAUUAAAUGCUGGUCUUUAACCGGUAAUAAAAGAACAUCACUACCGUCGUCGGAUGGUAAUAGAUAUGUGAAUGAUACAUCAGUCAACGUUUCUCAAACGCCAUCUUCAACAACAACAAUAAUGAAUGGUACGUCUAGCAAUAAUUGCCGUAAAAUAUCGAAUGCAUCAUCGAUCUCUUCCACAUCGUCCUCUAUUGCUGAAUCACAAAGAAGUAAUGAUUCAUUGCAACUACAACCACUUAAUCGGCGGCCAGAAUUGAUUAUACGUGGUAAUCCUGCCAUUCGCAGCUAUCACGUUCUUAAUGAUCGACGUUAUAUAAUUACCAAAGAUAACGAUAAUAAUGUAGCAAUAUAUGAUGUUCUGAAAGCAUGUAAAGUAGAAGAUUUAGGAAAAACGGAUUUUGAAGCUGAAAUCAAGCGGCGUUUCAAAAUGGUUUACGUACCUAAUUGGUUUUCGGUUGAUUUAAAAAUGGGAAUGUUGACUAUACAUCUAGAAGAACCAGAUUGUUUUAGCGCCUAUGUUUCAGCUCGUGAUUUUGGUCUUCAAGCCAUUGGGACUGGAAGCAGUGAUAAUGAAGAUAAUACAAGUGCAACCAGUGCUGGAAACGUCACAAAUAAUUCCUCGACACAACAGGAUGCCAAAAUUAAUCUUGGUUGUUUGGUACUUCUAGCAUUGUUCGAAUAUUGGCCACAAACUCAUACUCAUCUAAUUGAUAAUGAUAUAUCCGUGAAUGCUGAUCGUGAUCAACAUUCUCAUGGUGAUUCCAUGUGUAAUGGUAAUGAUACUGCAUCACAUCAUCAUUCACAUAGACAUCAUCAUGGUAAUGGCAAUAAUAACACUGUUAGUGGAUCAUAUCCGAGGCAUCAUCCCGAUCUACAGGGACCGAUUAAUCGAUAUUUUUCGAUACCACCACAUACACCGUUGAUCAUUAGUGAGAAUAGUGGUCCAGGCGGUUCACAACAUCGUACAUUGCUGAGAAUACGGAUUUGUGAAGCCAAACAAGAUAAUGAGAAUGGACAUUUACAAGAAAUGGUACCAAUGUGGGUGAAUAAUAUUGUCGUCGAACGUAAAUGGCCUGCAUUCAAUAAAAUCUCCUUCUUUGUCCAUCCUCAUCCAUCGAUGGAGUUGAAAAACUCAAAAAAAGAACAUUUUAGUGCCAUUGAUAUGCUUUUAAUUCGUAAAGUGAUUGAACAUGUUUAUACAAAGAUAUGUAAAGAAUUGUUUGAUCAACAUUCAAGCAUUGUUAAUUCAACAUCAUCACAACAGCCAAUGUCAGGUACAUCGAAUGGUCCAACAAACAGUUCUUCCAGCAAUUCUUCAACACCCGUUACUAAUAACGGUCCUGCUUAUCAGUCAUCCAAUAAUGGUGCAAUGAAUGGAAAUAAAUCAUUUACAUCCUCGACAACCGGUAAUCCUCAUGCAAAUCAUAAUCAUCAUCACCACCACCACCACCAUCACCAUCAUCAUCAUCAACAACAAUGUAAUAGUACAUGCAGCACACGAAGUUCAAGUAGUUCGAGUAGUACUGGUAGCAUGUGCAGUAGACAUUCAUCUUCGUGUCAUGUCGGAAAUGGUAAUAAUACCUCGAAUAGUCCUUUAAAUCAUAAUGGACCAGCCGUAAGAGAAAAUGGACAAGAUAAUGAUCAUCAUAAUGAUGUUGCCGUAAAUCAUCGUUCAACUACAGCGGAAGAACGUGUCGAAUUACUUUGUCAAGAUCAAGUUUUAGAUCCUAACAUGGAUCUAAGAACUGUUAAACAUUUAAUAUGGAAAUCCAGUGGCGAUCUGGUGCUCUAUUAUCGACCAAUCAAAUAAAAUUAAAAGUUACUCAUCAUUAUCAUCAUCCACUUUUGCAAAUUAAAAAUGGUGCAUUAUCAUCUCAAAUAUAAAUUGAAUCUAUAUAAUGAUUUAAAACUUUAAAAUUGAACAAAGAAAAAAAAAUCAUAUGUAUUGUUUCUCUUUUUCUUUCACUUUCAUAGAAUUUUUCAAAUUCAUUUCAUCAUUGCCUCUCUUUCAUCUCAUCUCAUUAAUUAUUGAAUGGCACCAUCAUUUAUAGAUAAACUAAAUCUGUUUAACAUCAAAACAUAUUCUUCGAAUUUGAUAGAAUCAAAGAAACAUUUUUUUCUGUUCGGUUCUUUCUUUUUUCUUUCCUUCUUUCUUUCUUUCAAACCCAAAAUAGUCAUUUUUGUUUUAUUUUAUUAUCUGUUCUGUUUUUGAAAUCUCUAUAUAAUAGAAUGAAAAUUUUGUAUUUUUUAAAAGAAA